GAAAGAGUGCACAUUAAAAUAGUGCUAUUUCUUUUUAAAUUGCAGUGCCCACAGCACCAUCUCCUCCAAUCAUCAUCCACCACCUUCUCCUUUUCUUUCUCUCUCUCGUUUGGUAUUCCUGCUUUUCCCUUCUCAAAUUCAUCAUCUUUUUUCUGUUUUCCCUAAAGAAAAGGGUAGAAAUCGUCCUCAAGUAACCCCUUUUUCUCCUUCACAUAACCCAAAGAUCCAAGAAUUCAACACAUACUCUUUCCUAUUUUGGAGAGAGAAGGGUUUUUUUUGUGUAUUUUCUUUACCAUUUCAAGCUUUUUAGGAAACCCCCUUUGCAUACACAACACUCUGUCUUCUCAUUUUUUAACUACCAACUGCCUUUUUCCCCUUUCCUAAACGAUAUGUCAAGAACUUCCCUGUUUUCCAAUUUUAGAAAUCAUCCCCCAAUUUCUGUUAUCAGUUCAGACUUCAGAUCAUGUUCAAUGUUUCUAGGGUUUUCUUGAUGUUUAUCAAUCUAAUUUCGGGAAUAUAUUGUGGUUAAGUUUCAAAAAGGUGUGUCUUUUAAAGAUUCCUCAGGUGGUUGGGUGGUUGCCCAUAGCAAACAGAAAAAAAAAAAAAAAAAAACUAUUCUGAUUCCUUUAAAAUGCGUCUUGAUUUUUAACCUUCCUACAUUUGCUCCCCUGUUUUUUCUCUGCUCCUAAUUUUCUAAUAUAAACUUCUAAAAAUCCGAUCUUGAUUGUUUGGGGUGCUUUAAUUAAGUUUCAAUGAAGUGGGUAACAGACAUCCUUUCGAAUUCGUCAAGUUGGAUGAUGGAAGAUAGCUUAAAGAGCAGAAUAUGGACUCCUCUUGAGAACAAAUUGUUCGAGAAUGCGCUUGCAAAGUUUGAUAAAGACACCCCUGAUCGGUGGCAGAGAGUGACGGAGAUGGUCCCGGGGAAGACGGUGGCUGAUGUGAUGCGACAGUAUAAGGAAUUGGAAGAUGAUGUGAGCAGUAUUGAAGCAGGGCUAUAUCCGAAGUCUCCGCCGUAUGGCGGCGGAGGAAAGAGGUCUCCGGUGGAUGUGGUCGCUGCCGGUCGCCCUGUUGAACAAGAAAGGAAAAAGGGAGUUCCGUGGACAGAAGAAGAGCACAAAUUGUUUCUAUUGGGGCUAAAGAAGUAUGGAAAAGGAGAUUGGAGAAAUAUAUCAAGAAACUACGUUGUGACAAGAACACCAACCCAAGUUGCAAGCCAUGCUCAGAAGUAUUUCAUCCGGCAACUUUCGGGUGGGAAAGAUAAGAGAAGAGCAAGCAUUCAUGAUAUAACAACAGUGAACGUUAAUGAAAAUCAAAACUCAUUGCCAAAAAAUAAAAGAACAUCACCGGAGCAAUGUAAGUUUCAGUGGAACCACCCCGGUGGUGGUGGUGGUGAUGCAGCCAUGGCAUUCAACCAAACAAAUGGGAGCAUGUUUAUGUCUCCGAGAUACAGAGAUAAUGGUGGUUUACAUGAAUUUUAUGGUGGAUCUCAGAGCAUGGUUUUUCAGAUGCAACCUGCGAUGCAUUACCCUCAUGGAUGAGCCAACAUUUUCGUUUGAUAACAUAUGUAGUGAUUAUUGAAAAUGAUUGUUUCUCUUUUUUGUUUGAUUUAAGUAGUUUGUUACUUUGUUUAUAUGUUUUAUUUUUUGAGUUUUUUUGAUCACUCUCUUGUUGUGUUAUCUAUAAUGUGAAUAUCGUAGUUUUUUAGCAUCUUA